UCGUUAAAAGUCCCAUUGUUUCCCUCGGGCAUCCAGAGCCAACCACUCCUCCCUCUUGGCGGCUGCUGUCAUGGACACCUUCCUUCUCUCUGCACUGUGCCUCCUUGGGACCUGGGCUGUCCUGGCAGGGGGAGUCACCGUGCAGGAUGGAAAGUUCUCUUUUCCUCUGGAGUCAGUGAAGAAGCUCAAAGACCUCCAGGAGCUCCAGGAUCCCCGCACCAGGAAGAGUGGUGGGCCCGCGGUUCCCCAAGUCUGCAGCCACCAGAAGUUUCCAGAAGAACUCAAACCCCUCUGCAAGGAAACCAAUGCCCGGGAGAUCCUCCAUAGGCUGGAGGCCAUUGCAGAGGACCCGAGGUCGUGUGAGAUCUGUGCCUUCGCAGCCUGUGCGGGGUGCUAGGACAGCUCGCGGCCCCCUGGCCCUCCCCCGCAGGAUGCUCUGCUCCUGCAGCAGCAGCAGCCUUCAGGGGAAGAGUGAAGAGUGGGUGGCCUGGGGCGGCCUGGGAAGGCCGAGCCCCUGACCCAUCCCAGUUGCCGGUGCUUUCCAAGAUCCACUGCAACCCUCCGCUAAUAAACCAGUUCCCAGAGUC